AUGAUUAAGGUGAUGAGAGAGGUGUGUGUUAAUGGGGGUGGAGACAUGGAUGGAGCUGGAGCUGGAUCACCAGUGCACAAACCCGAGCUGGAAAAGAAGGCUUCAUGUGACAGACCAAGCUCAGAUGGUGAAGCAUCUCAUGAAAAUGGACACAGCGACUACAAGGACCAAGGAAAGGGGAAGAAGAACUCAAAGUCAGAGCAAAAGAUCGGGACAGUUGGUAAGGGAGCAGGGAAGAAGAUCACCAAAAUCAUCGGGCUGGGUAAGAAGAAGCCAUCUACAGAUGAGCAGACCUCAUCAGCUGAAGAAGAUGUACCCACAUGUGGCUACCUGAACGUGUUGUCCAAUAACCGUUGGAGGGAGCGUUGGUGCCGCCUGAAGGACAACCAGCUGCUACUCCACAAGGAUCGUGAUGACUUGAAAUGCCACAUCGCCUCACUGCCCCUUCGAGGCUGCGAGGUCAGCCCUGGCCUUGAUCACAAACACCCGUUUGCCUUCCGCCUGCUUCGGAACGGCCAGGAGGUUGCUGUACUGGAGGUCAGUUGUGUUUGA